AUGGCAACUCCUUACCCCACACCCAUCUCUCUUUCCAAAACCUGCAUAGGCUGGACCGACAUAGGCCUCAUGGGCUCACCCAUGGCCUCACACCUCCUCUCUGUUGGCCACUCCUUCUCCAUCUACGCUCGCGACCCUUCAAAAGCUCUCCAACUCCAAUCCAAAGGUGUCUGUCUCAUCAACUCUCAACAAGACCUCGCUAAAAUAAGCGACAUUUUUUUCACCAUAAUCAGCGGUCCACCCGAUGUCUGCUCCAUCAUCCUCGGCCCACAAGGCGUCCUCUCUAGCUUAAACCCAGGCGGUGUCAUUGUUGACAUGACAAGAAACCAUCCUGCGCUCGCCCGUGAGAUUUUCAAACCUGCCCGCAAAAAAGAUAGCUGGAGCAUCGACGCACCAGUUUCAAGUAUUGAUGUGGGUGCGAGAGAAGGUCGAUUAGCCAUACUAGCUGGCGGCGACAUUAUCCAAUGGCUUUCCCCAUUGUUCAGAAUAAUGGGAAAACACAUGUAUGUGGGCGAAGCUGGGUGCGGCCAAAGCUGCAAGAUAGGGAACCAGAUUGUGGGAAGUGCGAAUCCGCUUGGAUUGAGUGAGGCAUUAACGUUUGCAGAGCGAGCGGGGUUGGAUUUGAAGAAGGUUUUGGAGGGAAUAAGGAGAGGAUCGGCAGGGAAUAUGAUAAUGGAGUUGUUUGGGCCGGGGGGGUUUGCGGAGUCUUUGGUGAAGGAUUUAGGAAUGGGGUUGGAUUUGUUGGAGAGUGAAGAAGAGAGAGCGGUGGCGUUGCCUGGAGCUUCAUUGUGCAAGCAGUUACUUUGUGGUAUGAUUGCUAACGGUGAUGAGAAGCUAGGGCUUCAGGGUCUGGUCACUGUCAUUGAAAGAAUAAAUGACAUUCAAAAGUAA